UUCGCGUGGCGGGGGCGGCAACGACGAUGACAUUAUUUUAUUUAUGCUGUGAUAGUGAAAUAACAACCACAACAACAACAACAACACCAAGAACCACAACACUCAGCCCCCGAAAAUCAAUCGCAAUAUUUUCGACAAGAACCGCAGAACCAAUGGAUAGUCAUUACAUUAGGCGUUAAAAACGGGAAAUUAACCAAAAGCUUUAACCAUAAAUAAAAAAACACCAAGCAAGUCGUUGCAAACCGUAUAAAUAAGUAAAUAACUACUUAAUGCAUAGUGAAAACAGCACCAAUUAGCGCAUAACCUAUAAAAUAUUAGUCAAUAUGUUUAGCUAGUUCCAAUUUACGUAGAUAACAUUUAAUUAGUGGCUUCAAACAAAACACCAAAGGAAAACCAACAACACAACCAGCAAAAGGGGAAAAACCAAUACCUAGUUCAAUUGUACGGAACGCAAAACAAACGAAUAGCGAUUAGGAAAACUGGCCAACUGAUAAGGCUGGCGAAAAUAUUAAGCUUAUUGCGAAUAGGAAAUAAUAAUAGCAACUACCCCCCCAUCCGCGCCGAAAGCCCCGAAAAGCGAGUUCAUUCAGAAAACGUGCCACACAACCGGACGGCAGCGACGUCGACCGCGGCAGCGACGGACAACGGACAACGGUAAAUGUCAAAGUCAUAAAGAGAAAGCGGAGAAACGCCGAUGAGAGAAAGCUCGACCCAAAUGUCAAAAUCAUAAGGAGCUUUUGGAAGAAGCAACGUCAAGUGUCAAAAGCCUAAAGACAGAGCAGGCAAAAGUGCCGGAAAGAGAAGCUCAAUACCAAGGGGAUAACCCUCGGUUAAACAGUUAACCGGAGCUUUUGAGUAAUAAAGCCAUAACUGUAAAACUCCAAGAGCAAGAAAUACAAAAUUUAUGCAUCAACAAAUAAUAUUUUGCCAAAAUCUUAACUAGAAAGGAUAGCAUGCUUAAAUGGAUAAUGUCUCUGUUAUCUGUCGGUUAAAAUUUAUUGGUUAACAUCAAAGAGAUUUAAUAGGUCACACAAAAUCCUUAGAAUAGCUUUACUCAAGAGAAGCCCAUGUUAACUUGACAUAGUUUCUGUCAAAACUCAAGAGAAAAGCUGGGGAUAAAGGAAGAAAAGCCCAAAGAAAGGAAGAGUAAAAGCUCAGUGAAUCUUCCUAAAACUAGACCAAUGCGAAAGCCUUAAGUGGAUGCACAGGAUAAAAGCUCAAGCACAGCUUUUGGCCAGGACACAAGCCAAUAUAUUUCCAGACCAAUGGCCAGCACAGCGGUGGGAGCGGGAGGAGGAGGAGGCCCAGGAGCGCCAGCGGGAUCAGCGCAUCCCGACGACGCAAGCAGCAUGAGCGACGACGUCUUUGAGGACGCGGAGACCACCCAGGCCAGGAUCGAGGAGCUGCGUCGUCGGCCCUUCGGCGACGGCUGCUACAAUCCCCCCGCAGCACCCGCCUCCGUUUCCGCCUCGAUAACGACCACAACGACGCAGCAGCAACACCACGACCACAAUCCACACUACCAGCACCACCAGCACCACCAUCACAGCCAGCUGAGCCUGACCGGAAGCCAUCACUACCACGACGAUGCCAUCAUGGCCCCCGUUCAGCGCUCGGCCACCGGAUAUCCGGGCUACCGACCCUCCCGCGAGGCCAUGCAGAUGUACGCGUACGGAGCCGAGGACUACGAGGACGACUACAACGACGGCUGGCGAUCGUAUCGCUACGACGAGGUGGACAUGCACCCAGCACCGCCCACCGCCCAUCAGCAGCCCUUCGACGAUACGGUCAACCACAAGACGAUCCUGCUGGGCGACUCGGGAGUGGGCAAGACAUCCUUCCUGGUCAAAUACAACACGGGCGAGUUCCGGCUGGGCUCCUUCUCCGCCACAGUGGGCAUCGCGCUGACGAACAAAGUGGUGGUCGUCGACGGGACACGCGUCAAGCUGCAGAUCUGGGACACGGCCGGUCAGGAGCGAUUCCGGAGCGUCACCCACGCCUACUACCGCGACGCCCAUGCUCUGCUGCUGCUGUACGACGUGACCAACAAGACCACCUACGACAACAUCCGCGCCUGGCUGGGCGAGAUCCGGGAGUACGCGCAGGAGGACGUGGUCAUCGUUUUAAUAGGAAACAAGGCCGACUGCAGCGGCAGCGAGCGGCAGGUGAAGCGGGAGGAUGGGGAGCGCUUGGGCCGGGAGCACAACGUGCCCUUCAUGGAGACCUCGGCCAAGACGGGACUCAACGUGGAGCUGUCCUUCACAGCGGUGGCCAGGCAGCUGAAGAGUCGCGGCUACGAGCACGGCGAUGAUGGAAAGUUCAAUGUGCAUGAUUUUGUGCGUGACAAUACAAAGGCGCGCUCGGUUUGCGCCCAAUGCAGAAAUAUGUAAUUGCACUUGCCAUUGGCCAGGUCGCGACUAACAAAGCCAAAUGCUCCCGAUCCCGCGCACAAAGACAACAAUAAACCGGCAGUCAGAUCGAAGGGAAGGGGAAGUGAAGUGAGAGGUGGGCGUAUAGAUACGGAUUACUGAAGGAUGUACGUAGGGCAGAGUCGAACUUCUGCAUUUAUUGAACAACAAAUUAAACACAAAGACACUCGACAAGAUGGCACCAAUUUUGUAAGAACCUAGCGAGAGGGUAGAGUACUCGGUAUGUUUUGUAUGUAAAUGGGAUUUUCGGGGCGGAACGGGACGCGAUACGCAUAAUUUUUUUAGGGCAGGCCAUUGGCAAUGCGUAAGGCAUAAGUAGGCCAAUCCAAUGCAUAAAUAUUGAAUUAUAUAUAUACAAAUAUCCAUAUACAACUGCAUAAAUUACUUUAACGAGGGGACGUGAGAGAGGAAACGCAGCAAAAUCAUGCAACAUUGAGAUUUAUCCAGCACGCCGUUGGACUUCGCUGAGGAUCGUCUUCAAUUGUACCUACCGACAAACCCACAACUACAGCCCAGAGGAGAUCUCGAGAAGUACAAAGCCCAAAUAAUGAGAAACAAUCACUCAAUUUACCUACGAUUAGUUCUAUUGUUUUACUCCUAAUUGUUAAGUGUUAUGGCCUAUCGUUAAGUUUUAGUCGAGUUUUAGUCACUCGAGGCCCCUGGAAAAUUAUUUACACACCCCACUUAUGAAUACCCUACGCAACUAAGUUAAUUACUACUACUUACGUCUACCUAUUGUAAGCCCUAGACAAAAAACCCAUUCGAAUCUAUUUUGAGGAGCGCGCCCAGGCGAAGGUGGCGAAUAAUCGGAGGCAGUUGAACCUAUUACUAUACUGGGCUACUACAGCUGAGGAAAAAGAAUCCGACGCAUGCAUAUAUCAUGUAAACUAGCUACUAAACAGCGUUAUAUUCAAGCAGACGUCAAGUCUAUACCAUAAACAGCAAAUACAUAUUUACAGUGAAUGUGGUUUAAAAAAACGAA